UAAAAAGAAAAAGAUAAAAAAGCUUGUGAUCAGAGCCAACAAACUACUGCUUCAUAAAACUCAAACAACGAAAAAACCAACAGUCGCGCGACACGCGGUGCAUCGUACGCACGUACGCAUGGUUAUCGCGUGUGUUAUUGCGUGAGUGUUUCGAAAUCCCUUUUAUUAUUUUUUUCCAUAAAUAUAUUCCCCUUUAUCGAAAUUUAUUUUUCCAUCAAUUUUUAUUUUUAUAAUACUGAAUUUAAAUCAAAUCUGUCCAUACACUGCACAAUAUCAACAACUUGAAUUUUAUAUAUUCUCUUGCAAGGAUCAAUCAACACAUCAGCAGCCAAACAACCCUCCCACUUGAAUCUUCUUCAUAUUAACAGCUGUUAUCAGAUAUAUAUAUAUACUUCAGCUGUCACGUUGAUGUUUUAUUCUCACUGCACACAGCAUCAACACAAUUAUAAAAAUAUAUUUUAAUAUAAUAAUUAUUAUCAGACAAAAUUCUUGGAAACAUCGUCGACCCACAGAGUCCCGAAAAACUCACCAUUGUCAAUGACAACAGCUUUUUUUUAAUGCAACAUAAUCAAUUAUAUAGGGUUUAAGUGGAAUUGGCGACUUUUUUUGAUGCCUGGCAAUUGAAUGGUUACUACCAGUUUAAAAGUGUGACUAAUCCCUCUGGUCAGAGAGUCAUAAAAAAAGGUUACUGAAGUCGAAAAAAACAAUAAUAAUAAACACAUUAAAAUUCAGAAACACAGACAACUAAAAUAUAAUUUUAAAGAAGAAAAAACUUGAAUGAAAUUUGAACAAAGACUUUAAGAAACAAAAAUAUCUUUUUAAAUUGUCUUCCGGUUGAGAAAUUUGAUCCUACCUGUGAAUAGAGAAAACUUUAUAUGUGAUCUUGGUAAAAUUUAAAUCAUUGAACUCAAUUCAUUGUUAAACUUUGAAUUUGAAAAUAUAGAGAAAAAUAAUUAAUUUCUAUAUGAAAUUUUGGUAUGGUUUAUUGAAUUUAAAAGUCUUGAAAAUUGUUCAAUUAAAUUAUAUUUAACUUUGUUACUAUUGACUCACCAAGAUUUAGAUGAAUAAUUGAAAAAGAAAAAAUUUAUUUAAAAGGAAAAAGUAUAUUUGGUAUGAUUAAUUGAUAAUUAAUUGAUUUUUCCUGAUGUAUGCAUUAUGACUUGUGAUUCUCAUGACACAUACUAAUUAUGAUUCAUAAAAAUUUUGCAAACAGGAAAGUGGGUUUUGAAUUGGUAGAAAAAAGAAGAUAUCAAAAAAAUUGGAAAGACCCAGGAUCACGACUGUCUUUUAAAUGAUUACAAUAAUAAUUCGUUGAAUCAUAAUGAUAAUUUGAGUAUCUUAAAAAAAAUUUAAUCACAGUGAAUGUAAAUUUGUCAGUGGUGUCUUUCACUCCUUGUCAAUUUCCUUUCUACAUAAGUUGUGUUGAAGAAGAGCCAUCUGAAUACUCAACGGUCAGUGUCAUUUUCUCUUUCUCAUUGGCAACAUUAUGAUUUCUCAUUCACUGCACGUUGGCCAUGAAGUUUAAAGUGUGUAUAUAUAUACCAAAGUUUUUUAUAUUAUUUUCACAAGUUUUUUUAAAAUUUAUUAUCAGUGAUAUUAAAAGUGCCUCUGUUUACCAAUCGUUUUAAAAAUCAAUGAUAUAUGCAUUGUUUGUAAAUAAAUUUUUUACAGUGUUGUUAAAGUUUUGUGUUACGAUAUAGUGUUUUUUUUUUUUUUUUAAAUUGUUUAUUUGUUUUUUCAAAAAAAAAAAAAAUUGUGUAAAAUGAUUUUUAAGGUGUUAAUAAUUGGUCUAAUAUCUCUUGCCAAUGCAGCUAAUAUUCGUCCAUCAAUUUAUGCCGAUGAAAAAGUGCAAAAUUAUCUCACAAGCUUUGGAUAUUUGCCAGAAAGUGACAAAGAGAUAGCAAAUUUAAGAACGGAUCAACAGCUACGAGAAGCAAUUCGUGAUUUACAGAGUUUUGCUGGUUUACCAACAACUGGUGAGAUUGACCAAGCAACAUCAAAACUUAUGAAUUCACGAAGAUGUGGUUUACCAGAUAAAUCUGAUUCUCAACAUCACCACUCAAGACACAAACGAUUUGCCAUUCAUGGCUCACCUUGGCGUCAUAGAAAUUUAACAUGGAGUUUGAGAACAGAACGACCUGGUGGUUUAAAUACCCACGAAGUACGACGGGAAUUGGGUAGUGCUUUAAAUUUAUGGGCAAGAAAUUCAAAACUAACAUUUCGAGAGAUUAAUAGUGACCGAGCUGAUAUUCUCAUUUAUUUUCAACGACAUUAUCAUGGUGAUGGAUAUCCUUUUGAUGGUCGAGGACAAAUAUUAGCUCAUGCAUUUUUUCCUGGUCCUGAUCGAGGUGGUGAUGCACAUUUUGAUGAAGAUGAAAUUUGGUUAUUAAAUAACGAGAGUACUGAAGAUGGAACAAGUUUAUUAGCUGUUGCUGCACAUGAAUUUGGUCAUUCACUUGGGCUUACACAUAGUUCAGUUCGUGGUGCAUUAAUGUAUCCUUAUUAUCAAGGAAUUUCACAAAAUUACGAGUUGCCUGAUGAUGAUCGAAAUGGAAUUCAACAAAUGUAUGGUGCACCAGAGGAUAAACUGUGGGCAAAUAUACCAAAGAGCCAUUCAACUCAACCACCACGAGCAAUGCCAACGACAACAAUACCAACACCACGACGAACUCAUUAUCCAUCAACAAGAUGGGGACAUCCAAAAACAUCAAGACCACUACCAGCAGAUGAUAUUCCUGAUAAAUGUGAUACCAGUUAUGAUGCCAUUACCAUUAUCAGACGAGAAGUAUAUGUCUUCAAAGGAAGUUAUCUUUGGAGAAAAGGUGAUAAAGGAAUUUACCAUGGUUAUCCAACAAAAAUAACUGGAGUAUUUAAAUUUCCACAUGAUAUUGAUCAUGUUGAUGCAGUUUAUCAAACAGUAGAUGAAAGAAAAAUUGUAUUUUUCAUUGGUAAAAAAUAUUAUGUAUUUAAUGCUGGUAAUCUUGAAUCAGGUUAUCCAAAACCACUUAAAACACUUGGUCUACCAGAAACACUUGAAAAAAUUGAUGGUGCUUUUGUCUGGGGAUAUAAUAAUCGUACUUAUUUUUUUAGUGGCACUAUGUAUUGGAGAUUUGAUGAAUCUUCACAUGAAGUUGAAUGGGAUUAUCCCAGAGAUAUAUCUAUGUUUAAAGGAGUUAGUUAUAACAUUGAUACUGUCUUUCAAUGGAAAAAUGGAAAAACAUAUUUUUUCAAAGGAAAAGGAUACUGGGAGUUUGAUGAUUUACGUAUGCGUGUUGCACAUAAGACACCAAAAUUAUCAGCACCAUUUUGGAUGGAUUGUCCAUCACCUGGUAUUGAAACAAAUGACAUUGAUUAUUCACCAAGAAAAGCAAAAAUUACACUAAAUUCAUCAUCACAAAAUUCUAUGAAAUUUUCAAUUAUAAUAAUCAGUUUUUUAAUAACAAUUUUCAUUAAAAAAACGUAAAUUAUAUAUAGUUAUUUUUUUCAAUAAUUUAAAAUAGAUAAAAUUAAAUAAUAGGGAUCGAUAAAUGUUCACGAGUGACCUUUUUUUAUAUAAAAAUAUAAAAAAUAAAUACGAAAAUAAUAAUUAAAGUUUUUGCAAAUGAAAGUAUAAACUUUUUUUUUUAAUUUUAUAAGAAAGACGAGAUUGUGGUGCUUAUAUUUUUACUACUCAAUUUAUAAUUUUUCAAGUUGAAAAUUGCUCGUUUAUUUAUUUAAAUAAAAAAAAGCCUUGACAAAUGUAAAUGUAAAAAAAAUAUAUUUACAAUUUGAUAAAAAAGCCAGAAAAUAAUUCUAAAAAUAUAGAAAAAAUAUCGUAAAAUUAUCCAUAAAUGUAUUUACUAAUUUUAUAAUAAUAUAUUUGCUUACCAAAAAGCACUGAGUUCAUAGAUCAGUUUUACAAACUGUGAUAUUUUAAAAAGAGUUGGAGAGUAAGAUAAAAAAAAAAGAAAAUAUUCUAAUUAAAAUUAUCUAAUACAAAUGUAUCAGUUAAUUUUUUUACCUCGUUUAAAAUGAUUCUUAAAUAAAUGUACUAUUUUAAAAUUAGAUUUAAUAUAUAAUCAAAUCUUAUUGAAUUAUAGCUUUCAUUUUUAUAUUAAUUUUAUAUACUUAAAUAAAUAAAUAAAAAGACCAAAUGUGAUCUAUCAAUUUAUAAAUUGCAUCGAUAGUAAAUUUAUAGUUUUAUAUUUUAAUUAAAUAAUUUUUUUGUUUUGUAUAUUAUAAAAUAAAAAUUGUGCAAUGAGUUAUGAACAUUGACAAUGAUAAUUGUCAAGCUAGAAUAAUAAAUUUAUCUCCAAUUUACAAAGAUAAAAUAUUUUUAACAAUACCAACUGAAAUAGAAAAAAUAAAACAAGAUAAAUAGCAAUUAAAUAAAUAAAAAUUCCACAUAAAUAAACAAUACAAAAAUCAGUUAAUAUUUAAAAUUAAUAAUAAUAUUAAUAGUUAAAUUGUAUUUUAAAUAAAUAAAUUAGUAACAAAAUUUUAUUAUGAAAAAAUGAUG